AUGAAUUAUUUUGUUGCUGCAGGGUAUGUCUAUGCAGUGGGUGGGAGUGAUGGUGAUUCAGGUCUCAGCUCUGUAGAGCGCUACAACCCUGUGGAUGAUGUCUGGACCACAGUGGCUGAGAUGUCGUGCGAGCGCAGUGGCGCUGGUGUGGUUUCUUACUAUGGACUGUUAUAUGUAGUGGGUGGCUAUGAUGGAAAGGAGGGUCUUAGCACAGUUGAAUAUUUCGAUCCCAAAGUAGAUGUGUGGACAUUGCUGCCUUUCUGCAUGAUGACAGCAAAUAGCUGUCCUGGAGUCACCCUGAUUGACAGACCUUCAUGUCUGGGACGAAACCAUUCGCACUUGCAAGCUGAGAACAAGGCUCAAUUGUAGAAGUGUGUCUAGACAAUCUUAGCAGCAUCAUACAAAAAUGGAUCUUAUGCCUUAUGCGCCAAAUGUAGCCCCAGACCAACCUGUGUUGUUGCGCAGUCAGGUCAAGUGCUACUUUGUUCGCUGUGGUCACCUUAGUUUUUUGGACUCAUUAGCAGAAAGGUUAGCUCAUGACUAUGCUGCAGAAAUGCGCAGGCUUUGUUGAGCCAGGCUGGCAGAAUAUGACAUGAGACCCAUUUUCGCAUGAUGCUUUUCUUAUGUUCAUUACUCUCGGGCAGCGGCAAACACACUUCAUAGGCAGGACUUUGAUCACUAGAAGAGGUUGAUAAUAGAUUAUCUUUAAUUAAGCAAUAAUUUCUUAAUAGGUAUCAUAUUAUUCAUUUAUAUGUUAUGUUAACAGAAAUGAUAUAAUUGCAUGCAUAAACUUACAGUUAUUAAUCUAAGUAUAUGGAAACAUUUAAGUUUUCAGACACUGGUUUCAUAAGUUAAACUUCCCCCAAAGCUUACAUAAUUGUGAAUGUAACUUUCAAACACAAAUCUUUUUUGUUAUUAUUUUGUUUCAUCUAAAAUAAAAAAUGCUUCUAGGCUGUCAUACUUGCAUGAAUGAUGUUUUUGAUCACCAUCACCACACCCUUGUCACCCUCCAUCAUUUUGACCUUGACAUAAUUUUGGAAUAAAACUUAUUCAGAAGGACCAAUUUAUCAAUCAACUGAUGAGUCUUUUAUCGGGGCCAUCAGCUUUCUUUAAUGCAGCUUUUGUUUAUGAUUUUUUUUUCUUUUGUCACGAACCUGUGUAACAAAAUACAGAUAAGUCAUUUGAAUAGACUUUUAUGACUAAUUAUUACUGUAACUUUCAAUCUGAUUGCAUCUUUGUUGUGGUAAUUAUAGAAGUUGUUAUUAUAUUUUAGACUUUUUUUCUUGCAAACCUUUUUUUUCAGUAUUUUCUGUUAAUUAAGCCAAUAGCUUUUCUUGGAUGAAGAUUUUUAGCUCCUAUGGCCAGAGGCCAGCGGGGCUUAUGUCAUGGUCCUGUGUCCGUCGUGCGUGCGUGCGUUAACUUUUUCUUUAAACUUUCUC